GGAUCUAUUAUUGGAAUGUCUUUGGGUGAUGCUCUUGGUGCUCAUGUCGAGUUUAGACCACGAAAGUUUCUUCUGGAACAUCCAGUAGAAGAUCUUGAAGGAGGAGGAACAUGGGGUUUAGAAAAAGGGCAGUUCACAGAUGAUACAUCCAUGGCUUUAUGCUUGGCAAUUUCCUUAGUGAAUCGUCAUGAUUUCGUUCUUUAUGAUCAGUUAGUUCGCUAUAAAUGGUGGUAUAAAAAUGGGUAUAUGUCAUCGACAGGAUCAUGUUUUGAUAUUGGUGCAGCUACUAAACAAUCGAUAUGCGAGUUUGAACGUCACCAAAAACAAUUCACGACAAAAUAUAACAUUUCUCUUGAUCAAAUAGACUUUCUCUCAGACUCUGAUCUACUCAAAAACUUUGAUGUGCAUUGCAGUGAAGACGGUGUAGCUGGAAAUGGAGCGUUGAUGCGAUUGGCACCUGUACCUCUUUUUUUCUAUAAGUUUCCAAAAUAUGCCGUCGAAUUGUCUGGUCUAAGCGGCAUGAUUACUCAUGGUGAUCGAAAAGCGUAUGAUGCUUGUCGUUAUUAUGGUGCUUUAAUCGUGGCUGCUCUUCGUAAUGAAACAAAAGAACAGUUACUUGACAAUCACUUUUAUUCUAAACAUGAAGAAUGGUUCAGUAAUAAUCUACUCUGUCCAGAGAUCAUGAAUAUUGCUGAAGGAUCAUAUAAGCGGAAAGGUGGAUAUGAUGAAGGUAUUCGAGGCAAAGGAUAUAUUGUUGAUGCACUCGAAGCUGCUUUGUGGGCUUUUUGGUCUGAUGGAGAUUCUUUUGAAAAAGGAGCACUCGCCGCAGUUAAUCUCGGCGAUGAUACUGAUACAACAGCUGCUAUUUAUGGUCAAUUGGCUGGUGCCUACUACGGCUAUGAAAAGCUUCCUCAGAAAUGGAUAAAGUUCGUCUAUGCUAAAAAAUUUAUGGAAUGUUUGAGUAAGUGGAUUGCGUAUGAAGGAGAAAAAUGGCAACCAAAAUCGUCAAUUAUGUAUAACGUUUUGCUACUUUUACCAAACAACGAUAGUUCUAUGGAAUUAUCUACUUCCUCGAAGUUCAAUAUCAAUACGGAACAAAUAAAAACACAAAAUAUGACUUUUUCAUCUGGUAGCCACGCUUCUGAAGCAUCAGCUUCACCGAAUAAACCAAGCGAAUCAGAAAAAGAACUACAACAAAACAGAAUGACUGCAAAUAAAAAGCCAUCCACAAUAAUACAGACAACAGCUUCAAGAAAACUACCAUCUAGUAACAGCACUACAACAAAUAAAAAUAGAAACUAUGCAAUAGAUACGAGAACGAUGGACUCACCUCAACGAUCGCAAAGAGCACAAACUAAUUCACAAGUUCUUCCUAAGUCCAAUAUUCCAGCUCAAAUGAGCACUAAAAAACCUACCUACACAUCAAAAAAGCCUUGA